AUGGCAAAGAAAAUUUUUGAAUAUAACAAUGAAGGGUAUUAUUUGGAGAACUUGGCCAAUUUCCUUGAAAGAGAAUUUUCACAUGAAAGUCCUUCGUUCAUUCAUCCAUACUCGAAAAUAGCAGUUAUAGUGAAACAAGCAUAUCUCUUCACUAAAACGUUUGUAUCAGUUGACAACAAAGACAUUCUGUGUAUAAAAAGUCUUUAUGAGAACAUCAACAAAAUAACUCUUGAAAACAAAUUCAGUUUCGAUGAAAUCAUUUUGUUGUUGGGAGCGGAAAGUGCGACGUAUUAUUCCGAACAUCGAUACAGUAAUCAACAUGAUAUUUUUAAUAAUAACAUUCAUAAGACUAAAUUUAAGAAAAUUAUUAAAUUGCUUGAAAACAACAAACGAGACACAAAGGAAUUGAAGAAGAAAUUUAUGUUGGCAAGAAGCAAAGACAAAAAGCCCGAAGAAAUUGAAAAGGAAAACGCACUUUUGGAUUACAGAGAAAUUAACUUCCAAAGUCAUUUCAAAAAUUAUUUCACAGAAGACAACGAAGAUGAAAAUCCUGAGAUGGUCACUUUGAUGAAAAAGUACUUCAACUUCUGCUACAAUGGAAAUUACACAUUCACUGAUAAAAACAUUGGAAUUGUUAAUCAUCUGAAAAAGGACUUUUUAGAAAAGUUGGAAACCGUCUUUGGCUUACAAGAGGAGGGUUACUACGAUGAAGCCAAAAACUCACUGAAAGAUGCGUUGAUCGCAAAGAUCAAUUUGGUCGAAUUUUUGGAUUUUGAAAACAUAACAAGUCAACGAGAAAAGUUGUGGAGAACCUGCCAAUUUGUGAUUAAGAUGGAGAAGAUCUUAUACUCACUUGGAGUUGCGUUUGAGUUCUUUGACUUAAAAUACAGUGACCUCCCAAAAGUUCUGCAAGAUGAAAUCAAACUGUACAAUUCAGUGAUGUUGAUCAAGGCGUGCAGUGUAGUUCAAUAUGUCAGAUUUAUGAAUACUCUUGACAAUGUCCAUCAAGUGUAUUUAAAUUACAACAACAACUUGGUACUCAAACUGCAAUCAGUCAUACGAACAUUGGCAACACAAGAUUACGAUAUUACACACGACCCAAUAGUCACUGAAUAUGUGAGACAAUCAAUGAAUGAAACUGUUGUGGAUAAGAGCAACUUGGUGUUGUAUGAAAGUGAGUCAAAGUACACUGAAAACAUGUUGAAUAUGUACAAGCCGAUAAUAUCAGAUGGAGUCUCUCUAACAUCGUCGAAAAACAAAUUGUUCACGUUGAAUGCCGUCUCACAAUUUUUGCUCUCCAAUUACGCGUUCUUUGAUGAGGUCACUGAAUUUAGUCGCAACGUAAAUGCUACACUAUUGAACAAAGAGAACUUCGGCUUCAUUCCAAACAUUUUCAAUUUGAUCACAUCAACUGUCGCAAUCGUUAACAGAACACCACAAAGCGAUGAUAUCUAG